UUCCUGAUCCUGUGGUACUUCUUCCUUUGAACAAACAAUUUGGUACAAGAGACAUAAGUAAGAAUCCUCAGCCUACCACAGCUAGUGGUGAUGUAUCUCUAACUACUGGACCAGAUGGGCAACCGGAAAGUGCACACUUUUUUCCAGGAAAGCCUUCAGCCUAUGUUGAAAUUCCAAAACAAUCCAAGACAGACACGAGAUACAAUAUGUCAUUUUUCACUUGGAUCUAUAAUCAAGGCACGUAUGGGCCAAUACUAAACUAUGAAACUGAUGUAAACAAGUGGGGCCUUCACGUCUUUAUCCAUUCGCCAUCGAUAUUCUAUGCCGCUUUGAAUACUCGAGAUAACGCAAACGACUUUUCAGUUGUUAAAAUAGAAGAUACUAUUGCUAAAAAUGCCUGGACAUUUGUUGGUUUCACCUAUGACUAUAACGCUGGAAAAGUGAGACUUUACAUCGACGGGAUUCUUAAAAAAGAGGCAGAUUCACCCAAAAACGAGCUGAAUACAAACUUCAAGAUUCAAAUUGGUGGCACUAAGUAUGGACAUUCAGCGGAUAAAGCUUUCCCUGGAAGGUUAUCAUGUCUUCAGAUUUAUAACGUUGCACUGACAAACGCCCAAGUAAAGUACAUUCAACGCUAUUGUCGUGACGUUCUUGAUAUCUUUAAACCAUGCGUGAAUCACACAUCAAUUGAUGUCCCUGAUCGACAACUGACCAAGAAGGAGGGUACUCGUCCUACGGACAAAACUACCGUCGAUUUCACCCAAUGGUAUCGACUUAAGGGAAAAAAAAUUCUAUCAUCCUGUCCGACGUCAAGCUCCUGUGGGACCCAGACUCCAGGAUGGCUUAACGGUCAAUAUCCUUCGCAGGAAGAUGGGAUCAAAACAAUGGAAUUGUGCUAUCGUAAAGACUCUGAUUGUUGUGCCAGCAAAGUCAGUGUGCUUGUGAGGCAGUGUUAUGGACAUUACGUGUUCAAGUUUCAUGACUUUCCGGUUGAAGGCCGAUUUUGCACAGAAACAGAUCCAGAGACGUUUGCUGACAUUAUUUUUAUGUCAACCAAUGAGAGAUGCUUAAUUAACCACGUGUUUUAUACCGUUGACGACGUCAAAGACAUGUCAACAUGUGUCAGCUAUUGUCUGAAUGCUGGGAGCAGAUGUAAGUCUGUUGACUAUAUCAAAGAAGGGAGUGGAAGAUGCCAGCUUAACAACUCCACAAAGUCCGAGGGUCAUCUUCGAGAAGAUUCUAAAUGCACUCAUUAUGAAGUGAUUUCAUACUGAUAUUUUAAUAGCUUGGAGUUUUAAUAGAUUGAGUAGCGUCUGUAGAAAGACAGUGUUUAUAUGCGCACUGUCAAACAUUAGAUAGAGUUCUGUAUCUAUUUUUAUAUUUAACAAUACACCUAAGUCCAACAUGGCCGACGAUCGAGGGUGAUUGAUGAGAGUGCCAUGAAAAAUUGAUGCAUCAAGGGCCACAAGUAAGAUAUUAGACUUUCACAAAGUCUUUUUUACUUUGCGCUCGUUUUUUUUUUUUCAAAGAGAUUCCGACUUGUAGCAAGUCUAAUAAAAUAUCUGUUA